AUGUCUCCCUGGAAGGACGUCAUGCCCUUCAUGAAGGACCCCCAGCCCCUACCUCAGGUCCAGAUUUCCUGGGUCCUCCCGAGCCUGUUUGCUGCCUUUAAUGUAGUGCUGCUGGUGGUUUUCAGUGGCCUCUUCUUCGCGUUCCCUUGCAGGUGGUUGGCUCAGAACGGGGAGUGGACCUUUGCCAUCAUCACCGGUGUGCUCUUUGUCCUUACUUUCUUCAGUCUUGUUUCACUCAAUUUCUCAGACCCUGGCAUCUUGCAUCAAGGCUCCAAUGAACAGGGCCCCAUGAUGGUGCAUGUGGUAUGGGUGAACCACAGGGCCUUCCGCCUGCAGUGGUGUCAAAAGUGCUGCUUCCAUCUCCCACCACGGACAUACCACUGUCCCUGGUGCAACAUCUGUGUGGAGGACUUUGACCACCACUGCAAGUGGGUCAAUAACUGCAUCGGCCACCGAAAUUUCCGCUUCUUCAUGCUGCUCGUCCUGUCCCUGUGCCUCUACACGGGCACCAUGUUGGCUACCUGCUUGGUCUUCCUGGUACGCACCGCCCACAUGCCCUUCUCCACCGACAAGGCCAUAGCUGUCGUGGUGGCUGUCCCUGCUGCUGGCUUCCUGGUGCCACUCUUCCUGCUGUUGCUGAUCCAGGCCAUGUCGGUGAGCGCGGCUGAGCGCUCCUACGAGGGCAAGUGCCCAUACCUGCAGAGAUACAACCCCUUUGACCAAGGCUGUAUCAGCAACUGGUAUUUAACAAUUUGUGCACCGCUGGGACCCAAGUACAUGACUGAAGCUGUUUGGCUGCAGAGAGUGGUACAGCCCGACUGGGUACCUGUGCAGAAUUUGCAGGUCCCCAUGCGUCCCUCUGUGCUCAAUCACUCAACCUCCUGGGGGCCUGGGUCUGGCUCGCAGCCCCAACCUCUGAGUCUCUACAAACCAGGAAAGGGACCCCCAGGGAGUGGUGAGGCUGCAGCCCUCCAGGAGCUCCACACUGACCCAGUGCUGCCUCUGCUGCGGGAUUGCUUUACAGGUUCAGUCCACUUCUCACCCCACCUUCCCGGGAGAAGCCGGGAGCUUCUGCACCUGCACCUCAACUCUUGA